GAGGUAAACAAAUUUCAUCUCAGGGGAGGGGGGUGCACCCCCUGUACCCUCCCCCUAGAUCCGCUCCUGGGGGGGAAUAAUUGUUGAUAACUCAAUCUGGUCAAUCAAUCUGAGAUCUACCUAAUUUUGUUAAUCUUACUCAUUGAAGGUUUCUCAGUCCUCUCUUGCUGUUCCGAUGGAUGUUUGUAAUUCUUCUAUCGACCAUGCCCUGGUCAUGGUUUGCUGGCCUGCGCAAGCUGGGAAUGACACGACUGGAGGCAACUUUGGCUGCGCUCUGUGUGCAUUCUAUUCACAGUUGGCGGAAGUUUGGACUGGAGCUCGACGCAUUUCAGGAGUAUGGAAUUUUCACACAGGCUUAUGGAAUGGCAAUAUUUCCUCUGGCAGUUGGGUUUUUGUAUCAGUACGUUCUUUAUGGCAGUGGCUCAAGAAAUGGAACCGUUCUACUUGUUGUCCUCAACUUUACCGCACAUACGUUCUUUGGUAUCUAUCUUGGGGUUGUAACAGCCGUAGUUGUUUUGAUAGAUCUGUUUUCCAACCCACUCCCUUUCAAAACAAAACUGUCUUCGCCUUCAAUAUGGCGCGCUGCCUAUGUACACGUUACCAGUGUUUUUCUCAUGGCCUGGUGGAUAUUGCCUUUGUUGAUAAAUAUUCGCUAUGUCGGAGGUCUGCCUUGGAAGAAUGACAGCGAAAAUGGAUACAAGAUUGAAUUUGUCAUCAGAAAUUUAUUGUCCGGCGAAAUGUUUGACCACGGAAGAAAAUUGCCGUUCAUUACAAUGGGAUUUUUAGCGGGUUUAUCUUGUGUUUGUUUAACCUAUCGAAGAAACGAAGAAGAUGACCACCGUAAGAAACGGCAAACACUGUAUGUUUGGCUCGGCACUAUUUUUUCCGUGACAAUAAUUCUUUUUCUCGGAAGGACAACUUUGGGUGCCUUGUACGACUUAAUUCCUUUUCAUAAAGAAAUCGAAGUUCUUCGCUAUUUAAAUGGGAUUCAUUUUUGCGGCUUGCUUCUCAUGGCAGUCUCGUUUGCACGCAUCCUUUGCUUCUUGUGCGCAACUUUCUGCAGGAUGUCAAAAUCGUUCUUUAAAAGUCACUACAUCCUAUUGGCAGUUAUGCUGGUAAUUCCGCCAGUUUAUCUCAGCUCUCAGCUUCAACAAAUUAAUUCUCUAUUGACACUGACCGACACCCAUGACUCGCUAGAAGGAUUGAAAGACAUGACAUCUUAUCCCAGCAAUGGACGCGUCUUAGCACAAAAAGUUUUAGGUGAGUUAAUAUUUGCUCUGUUCUAUUUUGAAUUUUUGCUUUUAUUUUGUUUCUUGAAGUGCAACUUUCUAAGAGCCGUUUACUUAAAUAAAAGAUCUCCCAAUACUGCUUUAGUUUCUCACAAUACAGAUUCAAAAUGUAAUUGAGUGGCGCGGUGGCCUCAUGGUUAGUGCGCUCGUCUCCGGAUCGAGCGGUCCGGGUUCGAGUCCAGGCCGGGGACACUGUGUUGUGCUCUUGGGCAAGACUCUUUACUCUCAAAGUGCCUCUUCCCCACCUAGGUGUGUUAAUGGGUGCUGGCGAAUUUAACCGGUGGGGGGGGGGGGGGUAGCCCUGCGAUGGACUAGCAUCCCAUCCAGGGGGGAGUAGAAAUACUCCUGGUCGCGUCAUGCUACAGAAACCGGGAGUGGUUUUCACUUUAUUGUUGAAAGCAAUUCGCAUUUGGUUUCGCUUUGCAUUGCUACGUUCAGCAAUUGACUGAAAAAAGAAAUUCGCAGUCUACGACGUUUCAAGUAACUCAAUUUACUUCGCUCUAGAAUAAGUGCUUAAAUCUAGAUUUUAAAUAAGCUUGCACACUUGAUUUCUUCAUUCUCGGAUCAGAGUCCAGUCGUUUCCGUUUCUCUUGUCUUCGCUUCCGAAGAGGAAGAUUUUUCCUCUAUCUGAACAUAGUAGUUACUAACUAAGAUCUGAACAUUUACGUUUCAAAACCGUUUUGCGACCACCCCUUUUUCCUCUCAGCCUCAGAAACAUUGACCAAGAAAUAUUUUCUUGACAUCACUCCUGGUCAACUAUGGCCUGGUAAUGUUUUGAACAUUCUCGCACACUGUCCGGCGCUCUUAUUCGUCUAGACCACAAAGGACUCUAACGAUAUAUUGAUGUACGUCCAAAAUGGGAGUGGUGUUUAAAAAAAAAAACCUUUUUUGCGAUGAACCGCUUAACCGCUAUGUAAGAGAUAGAUU